AAAAAGAAAACUACGGUACUAUUAACACGAGAGGCGCGUGCAGUCGCUGGUUUAACAGGCUUUCCUAACUAACUGCAAAAGCAUUCUCUUCUCUCUUUCUUUCUCCUUUUCCGCGAACGAAUCACUAUUCAUCUCUCUCUCUCUUCGAUUCCACUCUAACCCACACGAUUUGAGAUGGGGAUAUAUCUGAGUGCUCCAAAAACUGAGAAGGCCUCUGAAGAUGGUGAGAAUGACAUGCUUCGCUUCGGUUUGUCUUCGAUGCAAGGCUGGCGUGCUUCUAUGGAAGAUGCUCAUGCAGCUCAUCCGUAUUUGGACGAGUCUACGUCUUACUUUGGUGUUUAUGAUGGCCAUGGAGGUAAAGCUGUUUCAAAAUUCUGUGCCAAGUUUCUACACCAGCAGGUGCUUAGGCAUGAAGCUUACUUAGCUGGAGAUAUAGCCACAUCUUUACAGAAAUCUUUCCUCAGAAUGGAUGAGAUGAUGCGUGGCCAAAGAGGGUGGAGAGAAUUAGCAGUCUUGGGAGAUAAAAUGGAAAAGUUGUCUGGUAUGCUAGAGGGGUUUAUAUGGUCUCCCAGGAGUAGUGAAGCCAAUGAGCGUGCCGACGAGUGGGCUUUUGAGGAGGGACCCCAUUCUGAUUUCGGUGGGCCAAACUCUGGAAGCACAGCGUGUGUGGCUGUCAUUCGAGGAAACAAACUUGUUGUUGCAAAUGCUGGUGAUUCUAGAUGUGUGUUAUCAAGGAAAGGCCAGGCACACAACUUGUCUAAGGAUCACAAGCCUGACCUUGAACUUGAGAAAGACAGGAUUCUGAAAGCUGGUGGUUUCAUCCAAGUUGGACGAGUCAAUGGAAGUUUGAACUUGGCUAGAGCAAUUGGUGAUAUGGAGUUCAAGCAGAACAAGUAUUUGCCUGCUGAAAAGCAGGUUGUGACUGCAGAUCCGGAUGUAACUUCAGUUGAGCUUUGUGAUGAUGAUGAGUUUCUUGUGAUAGCAUGUGAUGGGAUAUGGGAUUGCAUGUCCAGCCAACAACUUGUGGACUAUAUUCAUGGCCAGUUAAAGGCAGAGGAUAAACUUUCUGCUGUUUGUGAGAAAGUAUUUGAUAGGUGCUUGGCACCAACAGCUGGUGGUGAGGGAUGUGAUAACAUGACCAUGAUCUUGAUUCAGUUCAAAAAUCCUUCCACUUCAGAUGCUUCUGCCACAGACCAACCUCAGCCAUCUGCUCAACCGGCUCUAAAUCCUCCAGCUUCAGAUGCAUCUGCUCAACCGUCACCAAAUCCUCCAGCUUCAGACGCAUCUGCUCAACCAUCCGAAGCUGACAGAAGUUAGAGAAAGUUGAUCUGAAGCGAGAAUUUCAGAUUCGAGCAGAUUUCCAUCAAUUUCUGACUGCAUGUUGAAGGGUACUAGUUUAUAUCCAGAUUCAGGACGUUAAUCCUCUGUAGAGGAUUGUAAAUUUGUGACAAACUGCUAGUUCAUGGGGGUUAUUGAGUUUGUACAUAAACAUGGUGGGUACUUGAAUAUGAAGGGGUAAAAAACGUUCAACAAGAAUAUAUACUGGCGUAGACAUAGUACAUGGAUGUUUAAAAUUACAGUUUCUUUUUGGAAUCACACCAAUGACAACAUGAUUGUCAUCAGGAAGAGCGUUAAAUACAGUCGAAUUUUGGAGUCAUGUUCAUUAUCCACAUGAUUUGUAGAAGUUUCUUAAGGAUUCAGUUCAAUGUUAUGAAAAUCACAUGUGAUUUCUUUUGUU